AUGUCGGCUUUUGUGGCUGCAAAACAUAUUUUAUCAUCUUCUCUUAAUUCGACAUUUAGAAGCAUAAUUCUUAACAGUACAAUUAAAUCGCCUGCAUCACUGUCUGUUUCACCAUUCUUAAUUUCAAAGAGAUUUUAUGCAGAAAAGGAAGUUUUCCAGAGAACUAAACCGCACUGUAACAUUGGAACAAUUGGACAUGUUGAUCAUGGUAAAACAACACUUACUGCUGCAAUUACAAAAGUUUUAGCUGAAAAGGACCUCGCAGAAAGCAAGGAUUAUGCUGAUAUCGAUAAUGCUCCUGAAGAAAAAGCCAGAGGAAUCACAAUUAAUGUAGCUCACAUUGAGUAUCAAACUGAUAAUAGACAUUAUGGACAUACCGAUUGUCCUGGACAUGCUGAUUACAUCAAAAAUAUGAUCACUGGUGCCGCACAAAUGGAUGGAGCUAUUCUCGUCGUUGCUGCUACGGACGGAGCUAUGCCACAGACUCGAGAGCAUCUUUUGCUUGCAAAACAAAUUGGAGUUGAUCAUAUUGUAGUCUUUAUUAAUAAGGUUGAUGCUGCUGAUGCUGAAAUGGUUGAAUUAGUCGAGAUGGAAAUUCGUGAAUUAUUAACUGAAAUGGGAUAUGACGGUGACAAUGUUCCCAUAAUAAAAGGCUCUGCAUUAUCUGCUUUAGAAGGCAAAGACCCUGAUAUUGGAUCAAAAGCAAUUACAGAACUUCUCGAACAAGUCGAUAAAACGAUUCCAACACCAGAAAGAAGCUUAGACAAGCCAUUCUUAUUGCCAGUAGAAAAUGUUUAUAGUAUUCAAGGAAGAGGAACUGUUGUUACAGGAAGAUUAGAACGUGGUGUCUUGAAAAAGGGUCAAGAAUGUGAAUUUGUUGGAUAUAAUAAAGUUAUCAAAUCAACAAUUACUGGCGUUGAAAUGUUCCAUAAAAUUCUCGAUGAAGCACAAGCAGGAGAUCAACUCGGUGCCUUAGUAAGAGGUAUUAAGCGUGACGAUAUUAAGAGAGGAAUGGUUAUGUGUAAACCAGGAACAUGUAAAGCCAAUGAUCAUUUUGAAGCUAAAGUUUAUAUUUUAAGCAAAGAAGAAGGAGGAAGACAUAAGCCAUUUACGAGCUUCAUUCAGCUUCAAAUGUUUUCACGUACUUGGGAUUGUGCUACACAAGUAGUUAUUCCAAAUAAGGACAUGGUUAUGCCUGGAGAAGAUACACCUCUACAAUUAAGGCUGUUCAGACCAAUGGUUUUAGAACAAGGCCAGAGAUUCACACUAAGAGAUGGCUCAAUCACAUUAGGAACAGGAGUUGUCACAAAGAUUUUAGCUCCAUUAUCAGAGCACGACAGAUUAGACCUAACUGAGGGCAAGAAAGGACGAGAAAAGAAAGAGAAGACAAAGAAAAAUUAA